AUGGCCACGGAAACCACCAUCAUCACCACCAACACCAACAUCAACACCACCAAAUCAUCAUCACCACAACCAAACAAAUCAGUAACAAGAAAAUUUGUAGGUGUAAGACAAAGACCUUCCGGAAGAUGGGUUGCUGAGAUCAAGGACUCGUCUCAACGUGUGAGAUUAUGGCUAGGAACAUACGAUACUCCUGAAGAAGCUGCUCGUGCCUACGAUGAAGCUGCCCGAACCCUACGUGGCGAAAAUGCACGAACCAAUUUCGCUUCUGUAGCUCCAACUAAUCCUAAUUCAGGCGAUCAAUCGAAUAUAUUGCAACCAAAUGAUGGUUCUCAUGAUCAUAACAAACAUGGUCUUAGUUUUUCUUCUCUAAAAGCGAAAUUAAGUAAGAAUUUACAAAGCAUCAUGGCUAGGAAUUCAGAAAAUAAGUCAUCGUCCAAGAGUAGAGUAAGUGACCAUUUCACAUUUGCUAGAAUUUUCCACUCCAAGAACAAUUAUGAUCACCAAUACCAAAAUCAUCCUCAUGUGGAUAUGAACAAAAUUGAGAAAGUUGUACAGCCAAGUAUUAGAGUACUUCCACAUUUAACUGAUAAUAAUAAUGAUUCAUAUUCUUCUUGGGAAAAUUCAAGUGUGUCUGAUUGUAGCAGUGAAUGGACUGCUUUUAGACAACUUGGACUGGACUCUGAUUGUAACAGUGAAUGGGCUGCUUAUAGGCAACUUGGGCUGGACUCUGAUAAUGGAUCAGAUGGAAAUGAAUUUUUUCUUGGAUCAGAUCCAAUGGCAGGGUGGAUUAGUAGUCCAGAUAUUAUGAGUAGUGCUGGAAGCAGUGAAGGAUCAUCAAGAAGCAAAAGGUUUAAAGUUUCUUCUUCUAUAAUGGUUCCUCCUACUUUUAGUGAAUCUCCUUUACGCGGUGAGUAUUACUAA